AAUUGUUAGGAAAGAAUCUGUAACUUUCUUCGAUUGGAAGUAGGUUCAAAAUCCAGCUUUCCCAUUAACUAUAAAAUUCGGCCCUAAUCAAUUCUCUUCAGUCCGUCUAUGAAACUGAAGGAAUUCUUUUCUUCUCCGUGUUUGUGGCUGUUGCUCUCUGUAAUUAGUGAAAAAGAAGAAGAAUCUCAAGCGUUACACUCCGUUGAUUUCGAUUACUUUUACUUCCAGCUAACUUGGCACUAAGCUGGACCCAAGCAGAGUUUCCGAUUCAGAUUCUUUCGAUAUUUUUCCUUUUGGGGUUUACGGGUCGCAUUGUUCGUUCAUUUUCUCCACUUUCCCCCCAUUCCCAAUCCCUUUUUCCAGUUCCUGCAACUCGAUUUCGUGAGAUUUCAUGGUUAGAGUUCGUUGGUGAUUGCGAACAAUUGAAAUGGGGUCGCUCUUGAUUCUGACGUUUCUAUUCGGUUUUGGUUUUGGGGUUGUGGCAAUCCUUGCGGCGGAGGCUCUUGCAGUCUAUAUCAUUUUGAACAAGUUGAGCAAGAGGUCUCAAAAGGACUUAGCUAAAGCCAAUGCCAAGCUAGAGCAAUCCGAGCCAGAUCCUCUUCAAUCCCUUGAAUUUCUUUCCAACAAGCAGGGUUGGGUAUGGAUAUUAGAAUCAAAUGUGCUAGAAGAUAUAAUAGAGAAAGCACCUGGAGAACAAAAGAAAGGGAAAGAUUUCUUGGAGGUAACUCCUGUAAAAAAGUAUGCAAGAAUCAAGGACCAGACGUUAAUUAUAUCAGAAUCAGAUGGUAAUACUAAAACAAUUCCAUUAAAUAGCUGCACCAUUGAAGCCGUUUCAGCAGCAACCUUGCCUUCAAGAAAAUGGGUGAAAAGGUUCCCUUUAAAAUUGGAAAACAGAACCUCUAUAGUUUAUAAUGAAAGUAAAACAAUCUUCAUUUUUCUUGAAACUUCCUGGGAGAAGGAAUCAUGGUGUAAAGCCCUCCGUUUAGCUUCAUGUGUUGACAAAGAAAGACUGCAGUGGUUUGCUAAUUUACAGAAAGAGUUCCAUAGUUAUACCUCUUCUUUAAGAACUGGGUAUCCUUCAUUUAUGAAGCCCUCUGCAGGGUACUAUUCUGAAGCUACUGAUAAGGAUAUCAAGCCUAACGCUCCUUCGAAGGUUCAGCUCUUUUUCAAAAAACUGGCAAAGAAGACUUCUAAGGCUGCUUCAGAUUAUAAAGUAAAAUUUUCUUCUUCUUCUUCUUUGCGUGAAGAAAAAAACUUUAGUGAGAGGUUUCAUCCGAGUCCAGGUUUUGUUUCGUCGUCGGGCUUAGGGAAGGGAAUUCCAAAGGCACAGAGUACUAAAAGUUUAUUGGAGGAAGAUAUGGCAACACCAUCAAUGGUUCACUCAGGAAGCCACCAUGGUCAUGCCUCUGUUAUUUCUGAGGCAGAUUCUGAUGACAGAUUCUUGACUGAUGAUGGAACACUUAGUUGGAAUUUGUUGAUGUCAAGAUUCUUUUUUGAUGCCAAAAGCAAUGAAGGGCUAAUGAAAUCCUUGCACGAUCGAAUUCAGAGGAUGUUGUCGAACAUGAGGACUCCAAGUUACAUUCGCGAAGUUAGCUGUACUAAAGUUCAUCCUGGAAACCUCCCGCCCAAUAUCAAUACUAUAAGGGUUCUUCCCUUUGAAUUGAGUGAAGUAUGGGCCUUGGAGGUUGACUUUGAAUACUCUGGAGGCUUUGCCUUAGAUAUCGAAACUAGAAUUGAAGUUCAUGAAUUAGAUCUUCAAAAAAGCGCAGUAGACUCUAAAUCUGAUUCCAGUGAUGUUGGGGAGGUCUCUUCAUUUCUAGAAGUUUAUCUUCGAAAGCAGUUCAGUACCUCUGAAGGAACAGAACAGAACGACGAAGGUGGGUCGGAAAACAGUAAGAACCCCACGUCCUCAUACUCUAGUGGAUCCAAGUGGAAAUCUCUAAUGAAUUCUAUUGCUAAACAGGUUUCUCAGGUGCCGAUCUCUUUGGUACUAAAGGUUGCAUCUCUCCGAGGGACGCUGCGAGUACAUAUAAAACCGCCUCCUUCUGAUCAGCUAUGGUACAGUUUUACAUCCAUGCCAGAUUUGGAGUUGCGCUUGGAAUCAUCGUUUGGGGACCAUAAGAUAUCUAGUGCACAUGUUGCUCAGUUUUUGAACAACCGGCUUAAGGCAGUGAUCAAGGAUACUUUAGUGCUCCCCAACAGUGAAAGUAUAUUCAUUCCAUUCAUGAUGGCCGAGAAGGACGACUGGGUUCCACGGGACGUUGCACCAUUGAUCUGGUUCAACCAAGGAGCUUCUGAUAACAAAUCUUCAUGUGAAAAUCAAAGAUCCAAUCCUGUUGAACCAAAAAAUAAAUCUGAAGCCAGUAAAACCAUCUCCAUUGAGCAUAAAAUACCUCAGAACGAGCCUUCUCAGCCACACACUGACUUGGUAAAUGCAUCAAAGGCUUCAUCAAGCACUGGUAAUCCAGCUCCAGCUUCAAGUAAGGCACUGGACGAAGAUGAAAUGAAAAUCCCUUUAUUAGAAAAUGACAAAGAAGUAGAAAAUUUGCAGCAAAAUAGAGUAGAGGCGCAGGAGAAUGAAUCACCAUCUAGUUCUAUAAGCUCAUCUGGGCAGGAAAAUCAUAACGCUGAGGAAGAUGAUCCAAAGCCGCCAAGGAGAACAGGAAGAAGAGCAAGAAUGCUAGAAAUAGGGAAGAAGAUGGGGGAGAAACUAGAAGAAAAGAGACGAACCAUUGAAGAAAAGAGCAGGAACAUUGUUGAGAAGAUGCGAGCACCAUAAACUAUGAAACCUCAAUAUAUUCCAAGAUGGGCGGCACAAAAUGUAUAUCUGAUUCUGAGUGCAAAUCACAGUUCUUCGUUUCUAGCAGAGAACAAAUUUGCAAGCCUUGUUCUUCUUUCUCAAUACUGGAGAGCUUGAAUCAGGUGGAACAGAGGUAAUUCAAAUUUUAUUUGUUGUCCAGUCCUGAGUACAGUUUCUUAAAUAUAAGAAUCAAUCUUUUGUAGAGGAACAUAUGAGAAUCAUCUUCAGUUCAUUAAAUAUUUCAAAAUUCCAAGAAACUUUUGUAGAUGUUCAAGAAACAAUCUCAAUUUUAUCUGCUACAUAAAUGAU